AUGAAAUUGCUUUACACAUUCUUAAUCCCAGCUGUUUUAGGUGGUUCCUUACAAUUUGAUUUAAAACGUUCUGCCAAUUUUUUACAGAAAAGAUCUGGUGCUAAUCUUGAAUUAUCUCCAAAAUAUUCCGAAAAUGAAAGUGAAUUUGUUGUUGAAUUAGGAUUUGGAUCUGAAAAACAAAAAUUUGAACUUGUUGUUGAUACAGGAUCAUCUGAUUUAUGGAUUCCAAGUUCUAAUGCCACAUGUAAUGCUAAAUCUUCAGAUGAUGAUGUCGAAAGUUGUUCAUCAUCAGGAUUUGAUUGGGAAAAUUCAAAAACUUUUAAAAAAUCAUCUGAAAUUUUCUCAACUGAAUAUGGUGAUAAUGAUACUGUUGAAGGAUUUUUUGGUAAUGAUACUGUUUGGGUUGGUGAUGUUGAAAUUAAAGAUAUUAUGUUUGCAGUUGCUGAUGAAGCUGAUACUAAUCCCGUUUUAGGUAUUGGUUUACCAAAGUUGGAACUGGGUUAUCAAAAUUCAAGUGAACCUACUUAUCCAAAUUUUCCACAAAAAUUAAAAACAGAUGGAAUCAUUGAUAGAAUCCUUUACUCUAUUAUGCUUGGUAAUAGUUCUUCAGAAAGUUCAUUAUUAUUCGGUGCUAUUGAUCAUGCUAAAUAUAAUGAUGACUUGGUCACUUUUUCUGUUUUAACUUCUAAUGAUGGGGAGUCUGAUCGUAUGGCUAUUAAUUUAGAUUCAAUUGAAGUGAAAGAUGAAAAAGAACUGACCUAUUUUGGUGAGAUGACAAGUGCUGUUUUAGAUACUGGAAGUUCUCUCUCUGUAUUUAGUGCAGACAUAUUAAAACAAAUCGCUGAAAGUUUAGGUGGUAAAGUUGAAGAUGAUACUUAUUACGUCAAUGGAGAUUCAGCUGAAAAGAGUAAAUUACGUUUUAAAUUUAAGGAUUUAGAAUUUGAAACCGAUAUUCAAUUGAAAGAUGGGGGUAGUAGUGAUAAAAGGGAAUUAAAAUACGAUGUCUUACCUGAUAAUUUAGGUAUUGAUGUUAUUAUUGGUCAAGAUGUCUUAACUCAAGCUUAUGCUGUUUUCGAUUUGGAAAGUAAUGAAAUUAGUCUUGCUAAACAAAGUGGAUCUUCUGACACUGAUAUUGAAACUGUUGGUUCAGAUGGUGAUUUUAGUAAAUCAUCUACUGCUAAAACUGACGACAGCAAAAAGAGUGGUGCUGGUCCAUUAAAUAAAGUUUCAAUCUCCAUGUUGAUUUUCAGUUUAUUAUUCACUGUUAGAUUUGGAUUUUAG